CUUGGAGGGGAAACGCGGCGCUCUCAAGGACAAGGGCACCGCCGAGGAUGCAAGCAAUCGUGGGCCUGUCUUGUUCGACGUGGGUGGCUACAUCAUCUCGCGCCAGCCGAAGACCUUCAUCGUCGAGGAGGUCGUCGGCAUAACCACUGGGGAUCGGCGCCCGGUGUUUGACAAGUUCAUCAAGAUGCUGAAGGACAUCGCGUGCAGGAACAGGCGUGUCUAUCAUGUUGAGUGGAAGGAGGUCAACACCAUGGAGAUCGGAGGUGUCCCCCAGAACCGCCCGAGGAUCUACAUAGUUGGCGUUGAUCGUUCUCUGGCCAUCGGCGGCCCUGACGACAUCAAAUUCGACUGGCCAGAGACCAUCAAGUGCCCCAAGCUGAGCGACUUCCUCAAGCCGAACAACGCUCCUAAGUGGACCCCUACCUCAGAGACCCAAGCCGCCAAUCUCCUCAGGCUUUGGGAGCUGGCCCAAGAUGAGACUUCCAAGGACCCCAAGACCACGAUGUUCGUUUUCGACAUUUCCUCCAGCGAGCAGUUCGCAAAAGGCUACAUGAAAGAGCGGUGCCCUGCGAUUACGCGGUCUCGUGCUAGCGGAGGCGGCUACUACCUGUCAGCGUGGCAGCGCAUGACGACCGUAAAAGAUCUCACCAAGCUGCAGGGCUUCCCUACGAACAUGAAGCGCCCUUCCACCACGGAGAGGCAGUUCGCCAUGAUGCUUGGCAAUGCUAUGACGGUGCCCGUGCUCAGCAAGAUCCAGAAGAUGGUCCUGGGUGCAGCUGGCUACAUCAAGGACUAG